UCUUGCAUCAGGAGAGGCACCACCGCAAGUACCUGCAGAAGCCUAUCAAGCGCUGCAGCGGCCUCAUGGGCCUGAGCUGGAGUUUGAGGACCAGCCAUCUCUUCCUCACCCCUUGCGGUUAGAGGAGUCAAGAGAAACGCCGCGGGGCAAAGGGAAACGAAGGGGUUAAGGCGUUGAGCUUCAGAAAGCUCAGAAAACUAAAGCGACCCCCCACUCCUCCAAGCCAGGCUAAGUAAGCCCCUCCCCUCCACCACCGGGGCGGUCGCCGCGCGCUCCCUCCCUCCGCCCCUUGCUUACAAGACCUAAUGAGCUCCCCCGGGAGGCAGCGCAGCCAGCCAGGCCCGGAGCUAGUAGGCUGCGCCGCGCGCGCGGCGCCGGGGCGGGAGCUGGGCCUGGGCGGCGGGCAGGAGCUGGCGGGGGCGCACGGGCAGCGCUGCGGACAGCCCGGGAGCCGCGGCGAUGGCGGUGCAGGCGGCGCUCCUCAGCACGCACCCUUUCGUGCCCUUCGGCUUCGGGGGCUCCCCGGACGGGCUAGGGGGCGCCUUCGGAGCCCUGGACAAGGGCUGCUGUUUCGAGGACGAUGAGACCGGGGCUCCGGCGGGUGCGCUGCUGUCGGGAGCCGAAGGAGGGGACGUGCGCGAGGCCACCCGCGAUCUACUCAGCUUCAUUGACUCGGCGUCCAGCAACAUCAAGCUGGCGCUGGACAAGCCGGGCAAGUCAAAGCGGAAGGUGAACCACCGCAAGUACCUGCAGAAGCAGAUCAAGCGCUGCAGCGGCCUCAUGGGCGCCGCGCCCCCCGGCCCGCCCUCCCCGAGCGCCGCCGACACGCCAGCCAAACGGCCGCUGGCCGCCCCUAGCGCCCCGACAGUCGCGGCCCCGGCCCACGGCAAGGCUGCCCCCCGGCGGGAGGCGUCGCAGGCCGCCGCGGCCGCCAGCUUGCAAAGCCGAAGUCUGGCCGCGCUCUUCGACUCGCUGCGCCACGUCCCCGGGGGUGCCGAGCCGGCGGGGGGUGAGGUGGCUGCGCCGGCGGCCGGGCUAGGAGGUGCGGGCACUGGGGGCGCCGGAGGGGACGUGGCAGGCCCCGCGGGGGCCACGGCGAUCCCAGGGGCCAGGAAGGUCCCGCUGCGGGCACGCAAUCUGCCUCCGUCCUUCUUCACGGAGCCGUCCCGGGCAGGCGGCGGCGGGUGUGGCCCGUCGGGGCCGGACGUGAGCUUGGGCGACCUGGAGAAGGGCGCGGAGGCCGUGGAGUUCUUUGAGCUGCUGGGGCCCGACUACGGCGCCGGCACGGAGGCGGCAGUCUUGCUUGCCGCCGAGCCUCUCGACGUGUUCCCCGCCGGAGCCUCCGUACUGCGGGGACCCCCGGAGCUGGAGCCCGGCCUCUUUGAGCCGCCGCCGGCAGUGGUGGGAAACCUACUGUACCCCGAGCCCUGGAGCGUCCCGGGCUGCCCUCCGACCAAAAAGUCCCCCCUGACUGCCCCCCGCGGCGGCUUGACCUUGAACGAGCCCUUGCGCCCCCUGUACCCCGCCGCUGCGGAUUCUCCCGGCGGGGAGGACGGGCCGGGCCGUUUGGCCUCUUUCGCCCCCUUCUUUCCAGACUGCGCCCUGCCCCCGCCGCCGCCGCCCCAUCAGGUGUCCUACGAUUACAGCGCGGGCUACAGCCGCACCGCCUAUUCCAGCCUUUGGAGAUCCGACGGGGUUUGGGAAGGGGCGCCGGGGGAGGAGGGGGCGCACCGGGACUGACUUCGAGGCACGCUUCCCUUCAUUAGAGACGGCUGUGGAGAGCGCCGCGCCUCCGUGGGUUUCUCCUAAAUCUAAAGAACGAUGGGAAAAUGCACGUGGAGAUGAAACCGGAUUUUUAAAAAUUCAAUUAAUAAAAGCAACUUCAGAAAAAAGAGAUGAAGACGAGUUGGGGAUUGUUUAAUCACAACCUCAAGUGUUAAAACAAAAACAAACAAACACGUUAGUAGGUUCUUACUGGACCAGAGGAGUCAAGAAACCAAGACGGUUUGGGGUAUGGGGUGGGGACGGCAAAAGGGGUAAGAGCUGGCUUCUGUAGCCACCUGUCCCUUCUAUUUUUCAGCGAAGGUCAGUGUAUUUAGUGUAAUUACCCCUUCUAAACAGUGUCCUAGUCCCUCCCUUCCCUCUCCUUGAGUGCAUUUUGAAUUAAAGCCUAUAUUGAAAAGAA